AUGCCAUCCGCAAGACACCAGAGCGCGAGCAUCGCUACUCGCUUCAUGGCGAUGCUUUGGGUGUUGGCUGCUGUGCUUGCCACACUGCAGGGCGGUAGAACUUUCCAGGUGCGUGCCAAGGGAUUCAGCUUGAGGCGAUGAGCUGCCUGCAGAUCGCUGAACAUCCCUCCAGCUUUUUGUCCCAUCCAAUAGCUUCCGCCGCCUCCUGCACCAGUCGUCAACUUCAACGAUCAAGCUGCCGACCAGAUUUACAACCAAUACAGGGCCGAUCUUGACACUUUCCGCAGUGCACUGCACGACUGGUGGAGGACGCAGAGUAACCAAGAUCCCAACAUCGCUCGCAUCGAUGUGCACAGGAUGAUCCGCAGGCGAGACGGUAGCGUGGUGCUGCAUGGCAUGGCUUACAACACGAACGGAGAAGCGCACGCGUCUCCACAGCGCUUUGUUGUGUGGCCUUUCGGCACAUAG